AUGUACAACACGAUGUCUUUCAAAACCCACCUCAAUAUAUUUGUGAUGUACAUCACACUGUCAUUCCUUAUGGAAAUCAACUCGGUCAGCGGCCUAGACUGUCCCGCUGGAUUCAAUAAGGGGGACCCAGCCGCUUGUGCGCAGACUAUUGCAGGGUAUGGAACCUACAAUUGUCCAUAUGCGCGAUGUGGCCAUGCUGGACAUAAGUGGAUAUGGAUGUACAAUUGUGUGCUUUAUGGUUCCGAUCAGACCGGAGUAAGUAACCAACAAUGCGAGGAGUAUAAUUAUCUCAGUGACGGUAUUUUCACUUGUUGGAACCAUCACGGUAUCCUUUAUGCGUGCCCCCAUAAGGUGACUGACACAUCAAUAUCUUGUGAAGGUUGCAGCUUAAACUAA